AACUCCCACUAGACAUUGCGAACACCGGUGACGUGGCCAGCGUUACCCAGCAGACCGGGGUGAUUUGAACUUCAUUCGGUUAGCCCGCAAUUUUACAUCACUAUGUCCGGGAAAAUCAAAAGCAGGAGUGCUGCCAAUGCAGACUCAAUCUCUGGCAGUGUGUCCUGUGACGAGCGCAUCUUAAGGGACUGCCAUCAGAUGUACAUCGACCCGGAUAGCGGACUAAUAAAAAUCGCUCAAACUGUUGGGGUGACGUUGCUGCCUCCCCGGAAGAAGAUAACUGUGAUGUUGAUGGGGAACCACUCAGCUGGAAAGAGCAGCUUUAUCAAUUGGUAUGUGGAGGAGCAUAUCCAAAGGACAGGAGUUGCUAUUGAGACCCAGGGCUUCAGCUUUGUUACCAGUGGGCGAAAGAGGGAGUCACUCACUGGAAAUGCAACACUCCAUCUGUAUCCGCACUUCAAACCCCUGCAAGAAUUUAAAGGAGUGUCAGAAUACCUCGGCACUGAGAUUUGUACUUCACGGCAGAAACGUUUCAGCUUGGUGACUUUUGUUGACACUCCUGGUCUUGUGGAUGGAGAUAUGAAGUAUCCCUUUGACGUUGACCAGGCUGUUCUGUGGCUCGGUGAGCUGUGUGACCUGAUCCUGGUCUUCUUUGACCCAAUGGGACAGGCUUUAUGCAAGCGCACGCUCAACAUUGUUGAGAAGCUGAAUGACAAACAAGGCGACCGGCUCCGUUUUUAUCUCAGUAAAGCUGAUGAGGCUGGAGGAGAGUCUGAUCGACAGAGAGUUAUGAUGCAGAUUGUGCAGGAGCUUUGUAAACGUCCGGGACUCAAUAAGUGUGGCUUCGACAUGCCCACUAUCUACGUUCCCAACCCUAAUAAGCCCAGCCGGUGUGUUAAUCAGAUUGAUGAUGUGUGUCGGACCAUAGAGAAAACCAUUAAUCAGACUGUGCAGAACACGCUUAACUCUCUGGAGAAGGACUGUAACCUCAUCACAGAGGCCGUCACUGAGACACUUCAGAAUGACAGGCAGUGCAGCAUAGAGAACCGUCGAGCACGUUUUAAAGGCUGUUUGCUGGGCAUGAUGGGUUUUAUUGUGCCCCUGCUGCUGCUUGUUGUCCUGGUACUUGGCAGCCUCUCCAAAGACAUACUGGUGCUGAUGCUGGGUGACAGUGGCACAGAGGCGCUCUCACUAUAUGUGGCUCCGGCAGUGAAGGCAUUUGAGUCGCUGUCUGUGGAAGUGCAGCUGUACAGUUGUGCUGGACUGGUGCUGUUGUCCUUCAUCCUUCUGCUGCUUGCUCGCUUCUCUUUCAGAACUAAACCGACUCUCUCUGGGAAACAAAAGAGACAACUUCAGGAAAAACUGGAGUAUGUCCAAGAGGUGGUCAAGACCAAAAAGAAAAAACUCUACGAAGAGUACCUGCGUCAGAGUGUGGGAGAUCAGGACAUGAACUGAAGGAGAAUAUAGGCGUCCAGCAUUUGAAGAGGUAGAAUAAAACACACAGAAGUACGACUAAACUGCAUCUAAUCAUUCCUGUUACACAACGGACACAGAUAAGCUACUUUAAGGGCACUUGGUUACUUGUGUGAGCUCUGUCUUCCAGCACUAAUUAAUGAUGGAGCUGUGGACCAAUACUGUGUUUUAUUCAUUUUAGUCUCAUCACAAUGUUACGCUAGUACUGUAAAGGUUUAUAAUGGAAGAGCCACAUGAUGAGAAUAGCUCUGAAAUAUCAUGUUUAGCAUGAACAGUUUUUUAAUGUAAUCCUCUUUCUUUGCUUUAUAAUGCUCCUGUUUUGUAUGGUAAAUUACCACAAUGACUGAGGAAUGAGCAGCUCUUCAUACAGUAUGUGGCAUGAGAUUGUAGUGACUCCUGGUGUUUAAUCACAUUAUUGUCAAUUUUAAUAGAAAUAUUGAAGCUGACUUUUGUAUUCCAUGGUUUCCUACAUUUUUAUGUCAACUUGUAGCUGAUAUGAUAAUAAAACUUAAUAAAUAUGUG